UGCAACAGUGUUAUCAACGUUCGUUUUUAACAGUUACUAGACUAGAUUUCUGUUCCAAAACUUCCCCAUUCAAUACAAGGGUUGACAACUGUAAAUUUCAUCACUGUUUAGUUACAGAAACUAAAAGAUGUUGGUAUUACAUGGGAAAAAUAAAUUGAAAUACUCACGAACUGUCAUGGCCAGUCAAAUGUUCAAACGAUAUUAGAAGGUGUUGUAACAUGAAUAUUAAGUGAAAUACAAUUUAACGUACGAUGAUACUGCAAAACACACGAUAACUAUGCGCCUUAAGUUUGUCAGAACAUUAUUAGUGCUUGCACUAUUAGGUAAUAUCAUUAUAUGGCAUAGAGUAUGGAGGUUAUUUGCAGCACAAAACACAUUACGGUUGUUGACACCAAACGUGGUAACACCUGAUCCUCCGCAAAAACUUCAUCGUCGGUUAGCUCGUCUUGUAACCGUAGUUAUACGACAAUUUGAAACCUUUGAAAAUGAUGUAGCUUCUACGGUGGAAUCUGUAUUAAAUCUUUUUCCUGCUAUACCAAUAUUAAUAGUUUCCAAUGAAUUACCAUACCCUCCGUUGGAAUUGGAUUUUGGCAAUGACAGCAUGCGAAACGUGAAAUUAAUAACUUUGCAACCAGAUUUUAAUACAUCUUACGAUGAAAGAAAUCCUCUUUUCUAUGUACGUACAAAGUACGUAUUAUUUAUACCUGAUGCUAGUCGACUUUCCACUAAGGAAAUUGUGCAAGAGACUAUAUCACAUGCAGCAAAAUUAGGUAUAGUAAUUGUACCAAUAGGAAAAGCAACUUUGAAUUGUGUUAGCGUAGACUUAAAAGUAAAAGAAUGGAGCCUGAAGUUUUCACGAAUUCAGGGUACUGAAUGUGACAGUGUGAGUGGGAAACAUGCUACUAUUAUUGAGACAAAAUUAUUGAGGAAAUUAACUGAUCCUUUUCUAUUACCAUUUACGGAUGCACUAUAUAUACAAACAGCUGCGAUAGGUUCAAAGAUUCAUAUACUACCAAAUUAUGAAUUGAAUGAAGGGAAGUUAUUACAUAAAAAUCAACAGUCACAAUGGAAGGUACAACAAUUGCAUCUUAGUCGUGAAAGAAUAAUGUUUGAAAAAUUGGGAAUUAAGAAAGUAGUAAGAGAGUCAGAUUCCAUAGAAUGGUAUGGUUGUUCAAGGGAAAGUAGUAGAUGUUUUGGAUCGAUAAUAAAUGGUGUACCAUCGUAUCUUUAUCAAAAACGAUAUACACCACCUUGUUGUCUCUCAGGAUUAAGAAAAGUUGCUCAUCACGCAUUUGAUAAAUUAGAAGAAGUUGGUAUUAGAUUUUGGUUAGAAGGAGGAUCUUUACUUGGUGCUAUGAAAUAUGGUGAUAUUUUACCAUGGGAUCAUGAAGUACAAAUAGGAGUUAAUCGCGAUGAUAUUGAACGAUCACCAUGGUUAAUUAAAGCCAUGAUUAAACCCACUGUUGAUAAUGAUGGUUUUGUUUGGGAGAAAGCAGCAGAAGGGGAUUUUUUUAAAGUACAGUAUUCAAAAAUCAAUCAUUUAAAUGUAAACAUACUUCCAUUUUAUGCAAGAAAUGGUUCUAUGAUUAAAGCAGCAUGGUUUUUAAACCAAAGAAAUUUCCCAGAGCAAUUUCUUCACCCAAUGUCGAGUAUAGAAUUUGCUGGCAGACAAGUGCCAUGUCCAAACAAUAUUAGGGAUUUUUUAGAAUUGAAGUAUUUUAAAGGUGUGAUAGAAAAUCCAGAACUUCCUGGAAAAAUUUCAUUUUAGAUUUUAUAUUUAGAAAGAUUUAUCUUGUAGUAAAAGAUACAUGUAGUUAAAAGCAUACAAAUUUCUGUAUUAAGAUAUAAUUUAAAUGAUAUAACCAGUAACUACUUCUAUACAUAAUAAAAUUUUACAUUUUUUCUUUAUUAUCUUAAAUAUCCGAAUUAAUAUCUUCUACUAAGAAUUUAAAUUAGGUCUUGCAUUGUAGAAUUUGUAAUUAAGAUGUAUUAUUUUCCGACAUUUUAUAAAAGUUAUUAAGUGGUAUUAUAAAAUAAG